GGGAGAAGGUUGUCAGUAUCACAUGAUUUCACACAACUCAAAUGGAAAAUCAAAUUUAAAGAGUGAUUAUUGCAGAAUUUGAAGAUAAGAAUGAGAUUUAAAUGGAUGAAUAGAAGACUGCCAUAUUGGUUCUGAGGAGGGUCACUGCCUCACUGCCAUCAGAAGAGUCCACUUCUCAGUGACUCCUAGCUGGGAACUGGAUGCAUUAGACGGUGGCUAGGCAAUAUGAUUCUCCUCGCCGUGCUUUUUCUCUGCUUCAUUUCCUCAUAUUCAGCCUCUGUUAAAGGUCACACAACUGGUCUCUCAUUAAACAAUGACCGGCUGUACAAACUCACAUAUUCCACUGAAGUUUUUCUUGAUCGGGGCAAAGGAAAACAACAAGACAGUGUAGGCUACCGAAUUUCAUCUAAUGUGGACGUCAUCUUACUCUGGAGGAACCCUGAUGGCGACGAUGACCAAGUGAUCCAAAUCACAAUGCAAGAUGUAAAUGUUGAAAAUGUGAAUGAGCAGAGAGGAGAGAAGAGCAUUUUCAAAGGAAAAAACCCACCCAAAAUCAUAAGAAAAGAAAACUUGGAAGCUUUACAAAGACCUGUGCUCCUUCAUCUAGUCCAUGGAAAGGUCAAAGAGUUCUACUCAUAUCCAAAUGAGCCAGUGGCCAUAGAAAAUCUUAAGAGAGGCCUGGCUAGCCUAUUUCAGAUGCAGUUAAGCUCUGGAACGACCAACGAGGUAGAUAUCUCUGGGGAUUGUAAGGUGACAUACCAGGCUCAUCAGGACAAAGUGACCAAAAUUAAGGCCUUGGAUUCAUGCAAAAUAGAGAGGUCUGGAUUUACAACCUCAAAUCAGGUCUUGGGUGUCACUUCAAAAGCCACAUCUGUCACUACCUAUAAGAUAGAAGACAGCUUUGUUAUAGCUGUGUUCGCAGAAGAGACACAUGCUUUUCGGAUGAAUUCCCUACAAACCAUUGCAGGCAAUAUAGUAUCAAAGCAGAAAUUAGAGCUGAAGACCACUGAAGCAGGCCCAAGACUGAUACCUGGAAAGCAGGUUGCAGCCAUAAUUAAAGCAGUUGAUUCGGAGUACAGGGCCCUUCCCAUUGUGGGACAGGACUUCCAGAGCGAGUGUAAAGGAUGCCCUUCUCUCUCAGAGCACUGGCAGUCAACCAGAAAACACCUGCAGCCUGACCAGCUCUCCAAGGCUGAGGCUGUCAGAAGCUUCCUGGCCUUCAUUCAGCACCUCCGGACGGCAAAGAGAGAAGAGAUCCUCCAAAUCCUCAAGGCUGAAAACAAGGAAGUGUUACCUCAACUGGUGGAUGCUGUCACCUCUGCUCAGACUUCAGACUCAUUAGAUGCCAUUUUGGACUUUUUGGAUUUCAAAAGUGACAGUAGCAUUACCCUCCAGGAGAGGUUUCUCUAUGCCUGUGGAUUUGCCUCCCAUCCCGAUGAAGAACUCCUAAGAGCCCUCAUUAGUAAGUUCAAAGGUUCCUUUGGGAGCAAUGACAUCAGAGAAACUGUUAUGAUCAUCAUUGGGGCCCUCGUCAGAAAGCUGUGUCAGAAUGAAGGCUGCAAACUCAAAGCAGUGGUGGAAGCCAAGAAGUUAAUCCUGGGAGGACUUGAAAGAGCAGAGAAAAAAGAGGACACCAUGAUGUACCUCCUGGCUCUGAAGAAUGCGCUGCUUCCGGAAGGCAUCCCACUCCUUCUGAAGUAUGCAGAAGCAGGGGAAGGGCCUGUCAGCCAUCUUGCCACCACCACGCUCCAGAGAUACGAUGUCCGUUUCAUAACUGAUGAGGUAAAGAAGACUUUGAAUAGGAUAUACCACCAGAAUCGUAAAGUCCAUGAAAAGACUGUACGCACUACUGCAGCCACCAUCAUUUUAAAUAACAAUCCGUCCUACAUGGAAGUAAAAAACAUUCUGCUCUCUAUUGGGGAUCUUCCCAAAGAAAUGAAUAAAUACAUGCUCGCUGUUGUUCAAGACAUCCUACGUUUUGAAAUGCCUGCAAGCAAAAUGGUCCGUCGAGUUCUGAAGGAAAUGGUUGCUCAUAAUUAUGACCGUUUCUCCAAGAGUGGAUCCUCUUCUGCCUAUACUGGCUACAUAGAACGUGCUCCCCACUCAGCAUCUACUUACAGCCUGGACAUUCUUUACUCUGGUUCUGGCAUUCUAAGGAGAAGUAACCUGAACAUCUUUCAGUACAUUGGGAAAGCUCAUCUUCACAGUAGCCAGGUGGUCAUUGAAGCCCAAGGACUGGAAGCCUUGAUUGCAGCUACUCCCGAUGAGGGGGAGGAGAACCUUGACUCCUACGCCGGCAUGUCAGCCAUCCUCUUUGAUGUUCAGCUCAGACCUGUCACUUUUUUCAACGGAUACAGUGAUUUGAUGUCCAAAAUGCUGUCAGCGUCUGGUGACCCUGUCAGUGUGGUGAAGGGACUCAUUCUGCUGAUAGAUCAUUCCCAGGAGCUUCAGUUGCAAUCUGGACUAAAGGCGAAUAUGGAUGUCCAGGGUGGUCUAGCUAUUGACAUUUCAGGUGCAAUGGAGUUUAGCCUGUGGUAUCGUGAGUCUAAAACCCGGGUGAAAAAUCGGGUGGCUCUGGCAAUAAUUGGCAGCAUCACUGUGGACUCCUCUUUUGUGAAAGCUGGCCUGGAAAUCAGUGCAGAAACAGAAGCAGGCCUGGAGUUUAUCUCCACAGUGCAAUUUUCUCAGUACCCAUUCUUGGUUUGCAUGCAGAUGGACAAGGAUGGAGUUCCGUUCAGGCAAUUUGAGACCAAGUAUGAAAGGCUGUCCACAGGCAGAGGUUACAUCUCUCGGAGAAGAAAAGAAAGCCUCAUAGCGGGAUCUGAAUUUCCACUCCACCAAGAGAACUCUGACAUGUGCAAGGUGGUGUUUGCCCCUGAGCCCGAGAGUAGUUCUGGCGGUUGGUUUUGAAACUGAUUGGUAAGGUUUCACUUGGAUCUGUCUCCGAGAAGGGAUACGAUGUGACAUGCCUAUAUACUUGCUCUCUGAGAGCACAGUGUUUACAUAUAUAUCCGUAUUUAAGAUUUUUGUAAAAAGCUCUGAAAAACCUCAAAUGAUUAAAUUUGGGCCAAUUCCAUAUGCUACCGAUAGUGUCAUCUUGAGCCAACAUAUGUGACACUUCCAGCAACAUUCCUGGUUUUGGUACCUCUGUCAAAUCCCAUUUGGUACAGUGAGAAGAGUGUUGUUCUGAGAAGAAAUAAUUGUCUGUAAAACACAAAACAAAACACACAUACCCUCAGGAGAACCCAAUUUUGUUUCAACGAUUUUCAAUCAGCGUGUAGGAAGCCCCCCAUAGGACCUUAUUGCAUGGCUUGUUUCUACCAAAUAUGUUGCCCAAUCAGGGGAAAAAAAAAAAAACAGACCCUUUGGGGGGAGGGGAUAAGACUUUUUAAAGACUUUUGUCACAGCUUCAAGAGUGGAUAUUUAUCUCGUUUAUCAUGAGUUUUACUAAGCAUUGAGGUAGAAGGCACACAGAAUUAAAGCACAGCAUCAUCUUUCUGCUGACCACAGGGUCAGAUUGCUAGAAGAAAGCCAUUUCACCCUCUGCCUUCUGCCCUGCGAGAACAUUGGACUUAGCACGUAAGAGUUAGAAAUACAAACUUCAGAAAUUCCAUUUGAUUUUGCCUGUGCUGUGUCUCUUUGAGACUGUAAUGUGGAACACUGUCCUUUAUAAGGGACAUUUCAUAUGUUCAUUAUUUUUUCUUUCAUUCAAGCGUUUUGUGGUGGAUGUUCUAGUCUGUUUGACUAUAGUCUGUUCAAAAACCAGAAUGGCCAAGACAAUUUAAUACUGCUUUUAGAAACUGAUGGAUUUGGACUUCUAAAAUAUGAAAUCAAGAAAAGAUCGUCUUUAUUUGUACAAAUUAAAAGAGCCUUGUUAAACGUUUUCAAAUACCUAUUAAUAAACCAGAUGUAUGUGUUUGUGGUAAUAAGCUCCAAACAGGUAACAGGUGCUCAUUUGUCCAUUAAGUACACACACACACACACAAUGGAAGUUUAGCUAGCCCACCACUGGUUGUAAAUUUUAAAUGAUGUGUGAUGAAAUAAAUAUAUGGACAUCCUA